AUGAACAAGAGCCAUGGUACUCAGGAGUCUCCCAAGCAGCAAAAGCAGCCCCAGGGGCAGCAGCAGCAGCAACAGCAUAUCCAGCACCCGCUCGGACAGGAUCCAGCGCAGCGGACAGCCCCCGCGGCUGAGGGCGAGCCCCGCUCGCUGAAGCACCCGGGCCGUCUGCCGGGGACGGCCGCCGGCAAGCCCACCAGCAAGCCCGCUGCCGGUCGCCCUCAGGCAGGCCAAAGCCCCCAGGCAUCGGGGGCGUGCCGCCGGGAUCAGGAUGACCCGGAGUACUGUCCGGGCCUGGCCUAGAGGCAUUCGGAGUGCGGCCCUCCGCGGAAGAUCCGGGUAUCCGCCCCCACCCCCCGAGGCCGGGUCUCGCGCCCAGGUCGUGGCCCCUCCUCCGGGACCAAAAGGCGAC